GCUCGGACCGACUGUUCCAGAUGGUGGUUACUCGUGGUUCAUCCUCUUGGGUGUCGCUUUUAUUCAGGUGUUACGUUGUUUACGAAGUAAGUUUGCCGAAUACGAGGAAUGCACCAGUUGAACAAUGAUUUCUUGAUAAACGAUUUUCUAUAUAUAAAUCCAUAUAUUGGGUUGCUAGAGUCUGUAUUUGUUUCGAUAGGUAAGUACAGAAUUUCUGAUAUUGUUGUGCCUAUAUUUCUCGACGCCCUGUAUGAACGCGUUUGCUAUAAAUCCCGAAAUCGGAGAAAAUAGAUAAAUUUACGUAUUUGCAAGGUAUAAAUGUAGAUGUUACGUAUAUUAAAAUGUACAGAUCACCGUGCCUAGCGUUCUGUCGAUGUACGGCAUAGUGCGAGGAUAUUUAGCUGCAAACAGCUCGCUUUACUUCGAUCUGUGGAAUGAAGUCUCUCUGGCGCCUCUAUUAUUCAUCGCUUUCUGGAGUUUGGCAGAUCCAUGGACCAAGACGAUCACGGAUUUGGCGUCGAUACCUCGCCUGGUCGGCCUCAUCGGCGUUGCUCUCCUCACCACGGGAGUUAUAGCUUCCGGAUACCUAGCGACCGGCGGAGUAGGUGCAUAUUUAGCUGGCUUGAGUGCUGGUGCGGUGAUGGGAAUAGGAGCGAGUUUCGUGAUCGUCGAGAGCGAGACCGUGCUACGGAAGCACUUCAGGGUGAAGCUGCCGUUGGUUCUUACGCUGAAGAAUAUCGCCACAUCCAUCGGCUUCGUUCUCAUACCGGCACUCACGCAUUUCCUGCUCGUGGAAACCAGUCUAAAGACCGGACUUUUGCUCAUGACGAUCGCCUUCGUCCCUACCGCCCUGGGCACCCUGAUCUUGCGCUUCCCAGCUCCGCAACGAGCAUCCCCGUACAGAUUGCUUCUACCGACCGACGAGGACAAUGAAUUAGGCAUCAGAAUAUCGGAUACAGAAUUAGAGGCAGAUCGAUUGAAUAACGGUGUAGAUAAUCACGGCUACAAUGGCGAGAAACAAAACAGAAAUUCUGCGCCGUUGUUCAGCGAGGUAAAUAAUAUCUAUGCGUACGAGGAACCGGAUGAAGACGUCGAACUCUUUGUCAGUCCGACUAUGCGAUCGAGCGACAGGUGGAAACAGGAGUUUCGUGCGGCACGCUACUUCCGGUUUUGGGCAGCUGCGGUGACAUGGAUCGGAAUGAAAGCCAAUUCGCUCUUCUUCUGGAUCUUGGUACCUGCCUUAUUUCUCAAGGAGGAAUCUCUUGCUUAUCGGCAAGAGCCGAUUUCUUGCACCGACGAUUGGGUGACGUUGCUGGUGGCCGCCGGUAUCGCUUCUUUCGUACCUAGCAUCGCCAGUUACUGGUCCAUCGUCACUUCCGCUCAGUACAGAAGAAUAUACUUCGGUAGCGCCUGCUGGCUCGGCAGUAUUGUUCUAGUAGGUUUAACUUAUACGAGAGAUUACUAUUGGUUUCUGAUGUGGUCGCUACUCGGUGGAAUUAGCAUCAGCAGUCUACUCAGCUGCCAAGAGUUGACACUUUGCGACGUGUUGGGAAAUCAGUUCGCACAACGCUCGCAUAAAUUAUUCUCCAUCAUCGUCGGAUUGGGCAUGCUGGCCUUCUGUCUCGUGCACAACGAGAACAUGUGUCUUCGCGUGGUCGCAUCGCUGCAAUUUUUCGGCGGAUGCUAUUGGCUUCUGCCGCCUAUGUGGGAAAUCAUACGAGCGCGGAGACUGAGAGAGGGUUAAUAAAGAUUAUUACAAAAAUCACUGCAUAAAUAUUUACAAGGCGUUGACAUUGCUGAAAAUUAUUGGUGAUUAAUUUCUAAACGCUUUUAAAUAAUAAGAAAUACCUUUACCAGAUAAUUUUAAGAAUAGAUAUGUCCGUUUCAUGUAAUGCCAACUAUGUAACAGAAAGUACGUAAUUAUUUAAUUCUUCAUAUAUAUUCGUAACUUACAUAAUUGACUUUGGAUUGUCAAAAAUGUAAGGCAACCAAGCGCUGGACAUCACGUUCCUUAUAAUUUAAUUGAGAAAUAGUAAAACGAAGAUGUUUUUACAUUGUACAAUUGUCUACAUCACAAUAAAAUUGUCUUGAGACUUUUA